AUGUGCUUGGAGUGUGAAGUAGGAUUUCAGCUGUUAGAAAAUGCAUGUUUUCCACAUUGUGGAGAUAAAUUCAUUCUCCAAUAAUACGAGGAAUGUGAUGAUGGAAAUUUGCAACCUUAUGACGGUUGUUUCUAAUGCAAAUUUCAAUGCUCCGAAGAUUGUAACAUAUGUGAUAAAGGAUAGUGCAUUUUAAAAUGUGAAGAUGGAUACAAGUUUCUUAAUAAUAAUUGUCUUUCUGUUUGUGGUGAUCAGAUAGUCACAAAAGAAGAGGAUUGUGAUGAUGGCAAUACAAUCUAAUUUGAUGGUUGCUUCAAUUGUAUGUACUCUUAUUCUUGUCCUGAGAAUUGCUAUGACUGCUAUCAAGGUACUUGUUUAGAGUGCAAUGAUAAAUACUAAUUACUAAAUUCAAAUUAAUGCUAACUAUAAUUAGAUUGUGGAGAUGGAUAGCUUUAGAAACAAGAAGAAUGCGAUGAUGGAAAUUACGAGGCUUAAGAUGGAUGUACUAAUUGUUUGAUUGAAUAUAGUUGGGUAUGCGCCACGAUGA